GUCAGCGCUGUUCGUCUGUCCGGCUUCUGCAGCGGCGCCGCCUCGGCUCCCUCCGCGGCCGCCGGAGCGGUCGCCAUGAACCCCAGCUCCUCGGCGGCAGAGGAGAAGGGGGCAACGGGCGGCAGCAGCAGCAGCGGAAGCGGCGCCGGGAGCUGCUGCCUGGGCGCCGAGGGCGGUGCGGACCCGAGGGGCGCGGGGGCAGCGGCGGCGGCUGGGGCCGCUGCCCUGGAAGAGCCCGGGGCCGCCGGCCCGAAAGAGAAGGACGAGGCGCUGGAGGAGAAGCUGCGGAACUUAACUUUCCGGAAGCAGGUCUCUUACAGGAAAGCAAUCUCCCGGGCGGGCCUGCAGCACCUGGCCCCUGCACAUCCCCUCAGCAUUCCUGUGGCAAACGGGCCAGCGAAGGAGCCCAGAGCGACUCUGGACUGGACUGAAAAUGCCGUGAAUGGAGAGCACCUGUGGCUGGAGACCAACGUCUCGGGAGACCUGUGCUACCUGGGGGAGGAGAACUGCCAAGUCAGAUUUGCAAAAUCAGCUCUCAGGAGGAAGUGUGCGGUCUGUAAGAUCGUCGUCCACACCGCCUGCAUCGAACAGCUAGAAAAGAUUAAUUUCCGAUGUAAACCAACAUUUCGAGAAGGGGGCUCAAGAUCACCGAGAGAAAAUUUUGUGCGUCAUCACUGGGUACACAGGCGUCGGCAGGAGGGAAAAUGUAAGCAGUGUGGUAAGGGCUUCCAGCAAAAAUUCUCCUUCCACAGUAAAGAGAUUGUGGCUAUCAGCUGUUCCUGGUGCAAGCAGGCGUUUCACAAUAAGGUGACCUGCUUCAUGCUGCACCAGAUUGAGGAACCCUGCUCCUUGGGGGCUCACGCUGCUGUUAUUGUUCCGCCCACGUGGAUCAUUAAGGUGAAGAAACCUCAGGUGAUCUCCAUACCAGGAGAUGAACUUGAACUUGGUUGGGCGGGAGACGGACCUGGUUGGGCGGGAGACUGGAGCCCCUCAGAGAAUUUGGGAUUCUUCCAUUUUUACUGGGAGGGUUGGCAGAACUCGCUGAAGGCUUCCAACCGGAAGAAGAAGAGAACAAGCUUUAAAAGAAAAGCCAGUAAAAGAGGAACUGAAGAAAACAAAGGUCGUCCUUUUGUGAUAAAACCUAUCUCUUCUCCUCUCAUGAAACCUUUGCUUGUGUUUGUGAACCCCAAGAGUGGAGGCAACCAGGGAACCAAGGUCAUGCAGAUGUUCAUGUGGUACCUGAACCCACGGCAAGUCUUUGAUCUUUCUCAGGAAGGGCCAAAAGACGCGCUUGAAUUAUAUAGGAAAGUACCAAAUCUGCGGAUUCUGGCCUGUGGUGGGGAUGGAACGGUGGGCUGGAUCCUUUCCAUUCUGGAUGAACUGCAGCUGAGCCCUCAGCCUCCGGUUGGGGUCCUUCCUCUGGGGACUGGGAACGACCUGGCUCGAACUCUCAACUGGGGAGGGGGCUACACUGAUGAACCUGUUUCUAAGAUCCUUUGCCAAGUAGAAGACGGGACAAUUGUACAGCUAGAUCGCUGGAACCUCCAUGUGGAAAGAAACCCAGACUUGCCUCCAGAAGAACUUGAAGAUGGCGUGUGUAAGCUUCCUCUGAAUGUUUUCAAUAAUUACUUCAGCCUCGGAUUUGAUGCCCACGUCACACUGGAGUUCCAUGAAUCCAGAGAAGCAAAUCCAGAGAAAUUCAACAGUCGUUUUCGAAAUAAAAUGUUCUACGCAGGGGCAGCUUUUUCUGAUUUCCUACAGAGAAGCUCUAGAGAUUUAUCCAAGCAUGUUAAAGUUGUCUGUGAUGGAACAGAUCUCACCCCAAAGAUUCAGGAACUGAAGUUCCAGUGUAUAGUAUUUUUAAAUAUACCCAGAUACUGUGCUGGCACAAUGCCUUGGGGGAACCCAGGAGAUCACCAUGACUUCGAACCUCAGCGUCAUGACGAUGGUUAUAUUGAAGUCAUUGGAUUCACCAUGGCCUCUCUGGCUGCCCUGCAAGUCGGGGGCCACGGAGAAAGGCUGCACCAGUGUCGGGAGGUCAUGCUGCUAACUUACAAAUCCAUCCCCAUGCAAGUGGAUGGAGAGCCCUGUAGGUUGGCCCCGGCUAUGAUUCGGAUCUCGUUGAGGAAUCAGGCCAACAUGGUACAGAAGAGCAAGAGAAGGACGUCCAUGCCUUUACUCAAUGAUGUCCAUCAGGUGCAAGCUGCGGACCUGCGGAGAGUGUCUGCCCCCCCAGGCUCCUUCACCAUUCCCCAGUCUGUCCCAGACCGUCUGAGGAUCCGGGUGAACAAAAUCAGUUUACAAGACUAUGAAGGAUUCCACUAUGACAAAGAGAAGCUCCGGGAAGCUUCCAUCCCUCUGGGUAUUCUAGUUGUGCGUGGAGACUGUGAUUUGGAGACUUGCCGUAUGUACAUAGAUCGCCUGCAGGAGGACCUACAGUCAGUUUCUUCUGGCUCCCAGAGAGUUCAUUACCAGGACCACGAAACCUCCUUCCCCAGGGCGCUCUCAGCUCAGAGACUCUCCCCACGGUGGUGCUUUCUAGAUGCUACUUCUGCUGAUCGCUUUUAUCGAAUAGACAGAUCUCAGGAACAUUUGCACUUUGUGAUGGAGGUUUCUCAAGAUGAGAUUUUUAUUCUGGACCCAGAUAUGGUGUUGUCACAGCAGGCAGGGACACCCCCAGGAAUGCCUGAUCUGGUGGUGGAGCAAGCCUCCGGAAUGACAGACUGGUGGAAUCCUGCCCUCCGGAAACGCAUGCUGAGUGACAGUGGGCUGGGAAUGAUAACUCCGUAUUACGAAGAAGACUCAGAUCUGAAAGAUUUCAGCCACUCCCGAGUGCUACAGUCACCAGUCUCUUCAGAAGAUCACGCAAUUUUGCAGGCAGUAAUAGCUGGUGAUCUUAUGAAGCUAAUAGAAAGCUAUAAAAAUGGAGGCAGCCUGCUAAUUCAGGGACCAGACCACUGUUCACUCCUUCACUACGCAGCUAAAACCGGCAACGGGGAGAUUGUGAAAUAUAUCCUUGACCACGGACCUUAUGAGUUAUUGGAUAUGGCAGACAGCGAAACGGGUGAGACCGCACUGCACAAGGCAGCUUGCCAGCGGAACCGGGCUGUGUGCCAGCUUCUGGUGGAUGCAGGAGCAUCUCUGAGAAAGACGGACUCCAAGGGUAAGACACCUCAAGAGAGAGCACAGCAGGCCGGGGACCCGGAUUUGGCAGCCUACCUAGAAAGCCGCCAGAACUAUAAGAUCAUUGGCCAUGAGGACCUGGAAACUGCUGUUUGACCCUGGUAGACAGGCUGAGAGAAUCUGAACGAGCAUAUCACCUGUGCCCUCCUGGUGAUUGGGCAGCUCCCCUGGAAGAAGCUGAUGGAAUCCAUAAAUCUGUCUCUCUCCUGCAAGAAUCUAUCUGAGACCAUGCCACCAGUUUUAAGGGCUACCAAGAUGUACAACAGAACAUGAUAGCCCACUGAGGACGAGGCAGGAUACCUGGAGAUUUGUGGAAUACAGAUUCCACAAAAUUCGAUCCUUAUUGCUUCCAGCAAGUAGCAUGAACUUCUGUGUUCACCUGUAUAAUUUAUUUUAAAGAUCCAAGGAUGUUUGUAUAAAUGGCACUGCUCCCUCCGCCCCCUAUGCAUUCACCUUUCCCCUGUACCGCACAAUUCUCCUGUAAUGACCCAUCAAUUUAAAAAAUAUGAUAUGAUCGGUUCUCUUUACAUUCAGCCUUUGGAGACCAGAAGACUCUGAAGGUCUUUUCAAACCCUCUGGCUGUCCUGCAAAAAUAUAAGCGUCAGACCGCUUCCAUUUCCAAGACUAAACAUACCGAGACUACUUAGUGACCUUUGCAUGUCUCCUCUCCCCCUCCUUAAUCCCUUUUCGUUAUACAGGAGCUGGGGAGUGCCACAGAAAUAAUGUCAGCUUGUGUGCAAUAUCUCUGAGGCGUGGCAAGGUGGCAUGGGAGUUGUCUGGGCUCAGAGGUACCUCAGAGAGGGGACCCAGGGGUCAACCCAGGUGGCAGGGCUGUUGCCGAUAGCCACGGAGGGCCGGUUCAGCUUGGGCUGUUGGUCCAGCUCCGUACUGCCUACAUGUAGCCAUCUUUGCCUUUUGCUGCAAUAGAGAUGAGCAAUGGAUUCAACAAAGGCCCACAGCUAGUUUGCAGAACCACUCAAUUUUAAGUGCUGCUGAAAUUGCAGAGCAGAAAACCAUGUGUGGGAACUGUGGUUACAGGAAAUGGAGCGCUACGACAGCGUUUACUUUUAGGCUUUUUUGACUGAUAAUAGAAAGCAGGCUAAUCGACUGGAAAUAAAACAGCAAAAGCAAAAGUAGCAACAUAUGUCAAAAUAACUCACUUAAGCAAGAAAACAGUCGCUGGAAUGUUGCACAGAGGCUAAAAGAUUCAGGUACAGUGGUGAGAGGGGGCCCAUUUUAGGCUUUCCUUCUAAGGUUUUGGUUUUCAUUACCCCAAGUAAGCCUUGUCCCAAGGACAAAGCCUUGUUUUAUGAGUUCCACUGCCAGAUUUCCGAGAUGCCUGGAUCUUUCUGAUGGAUGCCUCACCUACUACUUGUCAGGUUCCAAGGUCACACCUGAUGGCACUAUAGCCCCAUAUCUCAUGUACAGGGUGGUCAAAUAUAUUCUUUUUUCUGUUUCCCCUACCGGAAUGUUCUUAGUGCAGACUACUGUGGGAGUCUAGCCAGGAACAUCUUGCUGGCAGUAGAAUUACAGCUUCUAAUCCUGCCACGGAUCAUUGGUACUUACAGGCACCUCUAUUAAGGACUCUAUGAUAACUAAAGUAUCAGGAGAAAAAGUCUUCUUUCACUGAAAAUAUCUACUUGACUUGGGUAUAAGGCAAAAGUGAAAGUGGGUGACCUUUUUGCUUUAAACUAAAUCGAUGUCUUCUGAGCUUUCUUCCAUUUAGUUCUUAGACAUAAAGUGUUUCCCUAGUGUUUCUGCAUGUAAACAUAAAUGACUGUCUCUCUACAUUUAAUUUAAAGCUCCAGUGGUGAUGCCUUGCUUGUCUGAACCACUUUUGGUCACGUAUCAUUUUGAAAGUACAAAGAUGAUAUAUACUGUAUUAGGUUGGAAUAGCCUCUCAGUGGAUGGGGUCUAAGUCUGUCUUUAGUUGUUUCAAAAUCAAAUUGUUGGCAUUAUUUCCAGCUGUGGGAGAAUGGGUUGGUUGUGAGUAAUCUAUUUCCAUACCUCAGUCUUAGAAAUGGAACUAUGUUUUGGGUUUUCUGGUGAGGGCAAAAGGGACUGGAGUAGAUUAUUUCCAGAAGCUAGAAGAAAGAAAAAAGCUCCAGGAGAAUUUGAUCACUGGGCUUCUGCUGGGAGUUUUCCAGUUGGUGGGACUGUCAAGGAGAUGUUGUGAGGACAGAAAUAUAAUCCUUAUGACAGACUGGAAUCUGGCUUUGAAUGGUGCCUUCCAUUCCCUAGAUUGAGCCAAGCAUUUGGCUAUGCAGCCAGUUACCAGCUGCCAUUGCUGGGAUGAAGGACUCUGCUUUCAUCAACUACCAUCUCAUAUUUCUCUGUGAUGCUUCAGAGCGGCCCAGAGAAAAUUGAGGGUACAGGUGGCUAUGGGCCAAUUCAAAUAGCUCCAACUGAAGUCAUACGUAAAUCCUUGAUAUGGAAAUAGAUGAGGUAAUGACUACUGUAGGGGUCCUGGUGCAUUUGGAAAUUGUUCCAAAGCAAAAAGAGAAAGACGUUAAUGUCCUACGUUAUUGAUGGGGAAUGACAUAGGACCAAGGCAAACACCCAGAGAACUUAGGUUUUACAAAAAAAAAAAAAAAGCCUCAAAAAUGAUCAGAACAGUGACCUAUUUAAUGGCUUCAACAUUAAAUCUACCUCCUGUAGCUUUUUUUAAAAAUUGGCCACUGCAUGUGACAGUCCUGGGCUUUAGAAAGAGCAAAGAGAAUGUGCUCAGGAGUUUCCAACUCAGCUUAGGGUAGGUAGUAUCCCCUCUAAUGGGCCAUCAGGAAGUAUAGAAGCAAUAGUCUGGCCCUGGUCUGAAAAUCCACAUCACUUUAAAAGACAUAAAACUAUAUACCUAUAGAAAUACAAUUUUCUACAAAACCAACUGAGAUGGUACUGCCAAGAGUCGCUAGCUUAGCUGCCAAUCCUCUGUGUUUGGCUCAGAAGAGCCUUCCAUGUCGUGGCACUGUCUGCUCCGGGAUUCCAUUUUUAGAUUAGACUGAUAGAGGCAUGAGAAAUGGAGAGUUAUUAAAAGCCAACAUUAUAUAACCUUAAAGGCAGUCAUUUGUGCAGCCUUAUAUUCCAGUAUUACACAUUUAAUGAAAAAGAACCCAGUUGACCUAUGCUUGAUCACAUUCAAGGACUUGAUAAAGAACAGAAGCCAGGAAUGAAAUAAACACCACAGCCGGGAAUGUCACUUGGAGAGUUUUGGUUACCUCUGUAGAGGUUAUGACCUAAAAUGAAUGCAAUUUCUGAAACAGAGAAUUUAGCUGGCAAGUACACAGCCAUGAAACUAGUGACAGAUGCUGGAAAGCCUCACAUUACCCGUUGUUCCCCAUCCUUCCAUCCUAGCUGGCCUUAGUGCGUAGGCAGAUCCGUUUGCAUUGAGACAUACUCAACAAGUAGGUAGUUUUCAUUUAGACCUAGUAACAGUUUCUUUGCCUAAAGGAUUUCUGGAAUUUAUUGACUAGACUCCUCACAAUAUCCAUGUCUUAGAAAACGUGGGUGCAGCAGUUUUAUUUUUUUACAUGUCAUUUUUAUUUUAAAUGCUUAGAUUUUUAAAUUAUAAAAGUAGAACGUGCUUUUUAUAAGAAGUUCUAGUACCACAGAAGAGUAUCACAUGCAAAGUCAAGCUGUUCCUCUCUGCUGGUGUAGUGUCCUCUGUCCCGCCCCCCCCAAGAUAAACAGCGGGAAUAUCGAUAAACAUUGUUGCUUGUAUGUUAUGUCAGAAAUACUCUGUGCAUAUACAAGCCCCAAUACACAUAUAGGAAUGCAUUUAUUUGUAUACAUAUAUGUGUAUAUGUCCUAUACACACAUAUAUUGCAUAGGUUUAAAAAAAAAUUUUAGAAGCAUGCUAGUCAUCUGUGCCUGUGUAGUUAACACCAACAGACAAAGAUAAGGUAACAGAAAUUUUUCAUUUAUUCUUUGUUAUUUUUACUAUUACUAAGCUUAGUUCUGUUACUGGAGCACUCCAAUUGCACAUGGCAUUUGCUCUUGCCUGUGUCAUAAAAUCUAUGGCCAAGAGGUCUUGUAAUUGUUUUUGUUACCUUCCAUGAAGCAUGAAACCUACCUGAGCCCAGAGACUCGUUUAUGCUAUUUGUGGAUCUCAAGUGGAGAGUUCCGUCCUCUGUGAUGCUUAUACCCCUUUACAAGGCUGAGUUACAGGAUUCACUCAGUAGGCUGCCUAAUGAUAUCUAAUUCUGGUAAGCUACCGCGAAAAGCCAUAGUAACUUGGAUAUGGGUGCGGUCUGAGUAGCUAGGCUUCCUUCUAGUAGGAGUAGCUAAUGAAAUCACUGAGAACGGCAUGAUAUUUUAUGCAAUUAUGCUAUUUAAAAAUAAAAUAGAUGGUUGUUAAACUGGCUUGUCAUAACCAUCCAAUAAAACUACUAAUUGCUCUACUUAAAUGGAUUAUUUUCAUUUUAGGGGGAAAAAGUAGAACAUCCAUUAGAGAGUUUUCUAAUUAACAUUUAUUUAGUAUAAAAUAGCUUCUGCCCAGGUCUUAGUAGAACCAUCUCUGAAUAUCUCAACUUUCUUAUCAUCUAAAUGCCACGUUCAGCUGAUUUUUAUAAGUCCUAUGGUUCUUCCUCUGCCCAGCCUCUCAGACUGACUUUGGCUCCACCCCUUUUCCGUGUCCUGGUCAUCACCCCAUAGCUAGUCCCUCUGAUUGUCUGCCCAUGGCAAUUGUCCUGGUCCUGGACUUUCUGCCACUACCUUCAAUGACUCUGAAAUACAGUUGCCCGUCUCCCCCAGAUGUUAUGCUCAAAAUGGAUCAAAAUGAAAUUACUCUCUGGGACAAGUAUCCCUUUUUCCUGAAGGACAAAGAGACUUCCACUGACCUUGAUCAGCUUGUAUAUUUACAACAGGCCUUAUUCAGAGAAGUAAUCUCCCAGAUCGAUUUAGCAAAUUUCUGUCAUAGUCACACCACAAAAGUACCCAAUCGUAGCGGCUGCUUCCACACCCAGCGAUGUAAACAGUGCACUCCACGAAGUCACCCGGGUGACUGGAUUAUACGCACGUUAUACCCCUACUGGCCGUCUGUGGAUUCUAGGCCAUCUCCCCGCAGUUUAGUAAGAAACCUAAAAAUAGGAACUAAGCAAGGAAUAGUGCUCCUGACAGUGUGCUUGCCCAGGACACCCAGAGUUACUGAACUGGUCCCCCCAAAAAAGCAGAAAAAAUAAUUCUUAGGCUGUUGAAGCAUUACAUUUUAAAGCAGAGAUUUGAAUAUUGGAUGGUAUCGUCAUGGUGGACAGAUUCUAGAGUCUCUUUAUACAUGCAUUCAUUCAUUUCACCUGCAAUCAUCUGUUCACAGAAUUGAUCAUACAAUUAUGUAUUUAAUCAUUUAUUUUAAAAUAUGUUUAUCAUUUACUCUGAUGCAGGCACCAUACCAAGGAUAUAAGAAUGAACGCAAGAGACAAAACUCUUGACCUCAUGGAGCUCAGUCUAGGAGAACAUACAAAUUCCAAUCUGAUAAGUUCUGUACAGAAGAAGCCCAUGGUACUAGGGGAGCAUGCCCUGCAGGUCAGCUUUUGUUGUGCCAUCGUUCUUUAGCUAGCCACAUUUUAGUUCUAUGAAAUGAGAAUAUGAAAGAAGAAAUAGUUCGCAUUUGCUUUUCCUUAGGGUCUUGGCACUGUUCUUAAAAAAUGGAUUUGAAACCAAGACUUUAAGAUGAGACUUAGAAACACGACUAAAAUGAGAGCCAAAACUGUUUAUCCUAUUUCUCAAGGACAGAACUAGGAACAAGAGGCAGAACUUGCAGUGGAUUUUGACCGAAUAUAAAGGUGAAGCAUAAAUAUCGUCCAACAGCAGAGUGGGCCCAGAAUUAGAAACUUGUAGUCAUGGGGAGUAUUUAAGCAGAGGCUACAUGACCACCUGGAGGGGUGUUGUGACUCGGGACAUGAAUCUGAGGGGGCUGGAUUAGAUUCUGGGAGUUUUUUAAACGUUCUUUUAAAAUGACUUUGUUGAAUGGCAGGGUUUCAUUUUAAAAUUUUAUAAAAAUCUUGACUUUUAAUCUUUUAAAACAUCACUUUGUAAGAGAGUCUUUAAAGAGAAUGACACUUAGUUAUCAUCUAAAAAUCUCAAAACUAAGCAUGAAUUUAAGAGCUAAUGAAAAGAAAGCAUACUAAGAGGUGUAAGUUACUCCAAAACACUUCUGGAAGCAUUAUGAAUUUUCAUGAAUAUUCUCAGACAUUCUUAAGUGAAGUCCUAUUACAAAUCUGUUUUACUAUCCAUUCAAUAUAAAAAAGUGCUGUGAUUUGAUAUUCUUAGGAUUAAAUGUAAUCUGGUAUAACCACAGAAGAAAAUCCUGCCUAAAAUAUAUUUGGGGUCCAAGUAAAUGUACAUGAAAGGCAAUCAUGGAAAGUGCCUUGGCUUCUGCUACUGGCAUGAUAAUUACAAGGGAGGGUUUACCCAUGGAAAUAAGAAAGCGAUGAUUCUGGGUUUUACCCAUUUUCCAUAGUUUCAGUAUUUUGAGCCAAAUGGCAUCUGACAUGGGAGACUUUAGUGAUGGGAACAACUGAAAUUAUCUUGUUUCUCAAUCAUUUAGUGCAUACAGGCUUCAAUAAAAAUAAUUUCAACAACUCAAAUCUGUACAAUUUAUUAGUAACAACUUCGGUAGUUUUAGACUGUUACUGCUUUAGCAUUUUGAUGCAUUUUUGACACUUUUGAGCUUCAGUAAAGCCCUGAGGUGGAUAAGGCAGAUAGUGCAUUUUAAAGGAAUAAAUGGAAUCUCAGAGCAAUGAACUCAACUAACACAGAUUCACGUGGUAAGUGGCAGAACUAUAGCACAACUAAGAUCUUUAGAUAUUACCGACUAACGUGUCUACAACAGAUGUUUUCUAAGUGAUUUUUCACCAUUGCUUGCAAUGCUACUUUACAGCCAUCAUUCAGUUUUCCAUCAUUUAGAAGGUGAAUCCUUGAAAAAAUAUUUACCUAAGAUUCCACAGCGUGGGUUGGUUAGGACUGAGGGAGAAUAUGGUGUUAAAAAUUUAGGAUUUUUGCUCUCAGAGGCUUAUCAGCUUGGAAAAAUUUCAAGGGGAAAAAAAAGGGCAAAUAUUUUGGUACCGGGAUGGAUUUCACGAAAUAACACUGAAGGGGACUUCCUGGCUUCUCUACUUUGUGACUCUCAGCAUUUAAAAAUGUUGGUAUUAUUUUCUCUCCUUGGAAGCCACUAUUGGAAUAAUAUUAUUACAGAAUGCUGCACCAAAAAGUGUUGAAAUGGUCUUGCCAUUCAAGAUUCCAUUGCUUGAAGUUUGGGGUGGGUAUACAAGGCUAAAUCCAUCAUACACAGUCACAUACGUAGAGGUCUAAUGCACCCAUGGGAAGAUGCCACGCUUGAGGUAGAAAGAACGGACAGGCCUGAGAUAUCCUUCUGUUCUGAAUCUUGUAUUUACAAGGCCCCUCUGUGAGCAGUUUGAUGAAUACGUAGAAGAGGGGUGUUUGAUCUGGGAAGCAGCCAAAUUUGGAUUGGGAAUAGGAACGUUUGGAGGAGAUGUGGCUUAACUAGGACUGCGAGGUUCAAGUUCUGUAGGGCGGACAGUUUGCAGAGUAAAACAAGGACAGACCAGAUCACAACAGACAUGGAGAGGAGGCGCUUUAUUUCUUAUGUAAGGGUUUCGUUUUCCCUAAACACUACAUCCAGAAAAGUGGAUUGGGCUUUCCAACAGUGAACUUACGGCAGCGAGUAUGUAAGUGAAAAUUGAACAACCAGAUCAGGGAUCAUGUUAAAGCAACUGCUUGGACUAAAAGACAUCUGUGAUGUUUUCCAGGUUUCGAUUUCUGUGAUUUUGGACUGGGGCAGAACUCAGUCAGAGCCCCUUUUCUCAGGUUCCUGCCGUAUAGAUGCAAUGAAAGCGUUUUUGUAAAAACAGCAGACAUUGUAAAUAUAUCCCAGAUCAUUUAGAAGCCGGUAUUUCAUGACCCUAAAAGAAAUCUGCUUUGCUUACACACACAUACACCCACCACUGUUUGCCAAUUCCCAAAUCUCCUGAAUAAGAUAUGUUUCUACAAAGGCAUAACCGUCACAAGUUCAGGAACUGAAGUGAAAACAAAGGAUCUAGUGUUCAGUUUCCUACUUUCUACCCAUUUUUUGUUUGGGGUGUGCAGUUGGGACUGGGGCUUGGAGAAGGGGGCAGAAGAUCCCUGUAUUUUCUGGUACAAAAAACAUGGAGGCAAUUUUUAUAACUUACUGUCAUGAAUUAGAGCUCAACCUCAUAUCCCCAGACUAAGGUUCUGUGAUGUUUCCGCCUGUGAACUAGUGUUAAUUGCCAUCCUUCCCUUACUUCCAUGAGCUCCUAGAUUUCAGGCUGGCUGCAUGGGGGUGGGAGUCAUUCUUGAGAUCACCUUGAAAAGCGGGCCCGUAUCUGGAGUCUUGCUCAGGGAACCGCUCCACCCCACCUUGUCCCCCGCCCCUCCUGCCUCUAUCUCGGGAAGGUGAGAAAAAACAGUAAUGGGGGAAAAAAAUUCUCAAGUAUAGUACAAUAAUAAGGCUCUUAGUCUUAAAUUGCCAUGGUGACCCACAAAUAAGUAAUAU